UUUUCCAAGUCAGUCAGCCUUCUGCUUCUCAGGCCAGCGGUAGUCGGUAGCGUGAACAGUGCAAAUGAAUUUACAAGUCUUGUGCUUUCCGUUUGAAAGUGGUCUGGGUCUCGUCAGAUCGGAUGAUGGUGGCCCUUUGUGAUUCGGCGCAACGGUAUUGAUUUUCUGGGCGGGUGUGUGUCACGGAGCCGCCAUAGUAGACGGAAGAGAGAGCGUCGCCAAAAGUAGAGUCUCUCAGUAGUUUGUUGUCGGUUAUCACGUUCGCAUCCGUCUCCACAUCCUCUUAUUGCGCGCUGUGAUAUGUCUAGAUGGAACCGUUUUGAUACAUUUGUGUGUCACUGAGCUUCUGCCCAUCACUGCCAUCAAAAUGCCACGCGUUUCUGUUCGUCGGCUAUUUGUCUACGCGAUCUAUACUGUGGUGGUGACUUCAUUAGUCAUGUUGGCAUUGCAUGUUCAACAACAAAAUCCCUUAUGGCUGAGGGUGUUAGAGCAGUCGUCGGCUCAAGGUGGUGGUUACUAUCAACAAAACAGCAAAGAACUCGACGACGACUCUGCCAAUUUUGUCGUCAUCAACAAUGACGAGUCCAAGAUACCAAGUGCUGAUAAUAAUGUUAGAAUCAAUAACACGACGAUUAGCAGCAAUAUUUUGCGCCGCCACGGACUGCCAUGGUACAUCAAGAACGAUGGCUACAGACCAUCACAAGGCGAUCUAGUCGACAACAUCUGGCCUGUUGGUCGAUUAAAGGGCGAUCGGAUAGAAGAACAGCUGAUGAUUCCCAGCCGAGAUAUUGACCAGCACGCCACUCCGGCAGGUGACGGCACAUUGUUUCCUGUUAAGCCGAAGCUGAAGAAAAUCUUCUUGCCCAACGGACUGGGUUCCUGGCAGACAAAGAGCGGCCAAAAGGUUUUCACCGAACAGAAAUGCCCCGUAGACCGGUGCUCGCUGACGAGCAACAGGGACGAGGCGGCCAAUGCAGACGCUAUCAUGUUUAAAGAUUUCUUCUCUACGCCCAGCCAUCCGAGACCACCACAUCAAAUCUGGAUCAUGUACAUGUUGGAAUGCCCGUUACACACUCAGUACAUCCGAGAAAAGGACGUGUUCAACUGGACGGCCACUUACAAGUCGGAUAGCGAGUUGGUCACACCCUACGAAAAAUGGGUUUACUUCGACGACAAGGUCAGGAGGAAACCAGUCACAACCAACUUUGCAGCCAACAAGACCAAAAAGGUGGCGUGGUUCGUCUCCAACUGUGGAGCCAAAAACAAUCGUCUCGAAUAUGCCCACGCUCUACAAAAGCACAUCGAUGUCGACAUCUACGGCAGUUGUGGAACCAAGAAUUGUCCAAGACAUAGCGGCGACCAUUGUCUGGAUAUCUUGUCGACCGAAUACAAAUUCUAUUUGGCCUUCGAGAACUCGAAUUGCAGAGACUACAUCACCGAGAAAUUUUAUGUCAAUGGACUUGGGUCCAAAGUCCUUCCCAUAGUGAUGGGAGCUCCCAGAGCCGAUUAUGAGAAGCAUGCUCCUGAACAUUCCUUUAUCCACGUCGAUGACUUUGCGACUCCCAAAGAACUGGCUGAUUAUCUUCACUUACUCAACUCGAACGACACCCUUUACAACGAGUACUUCGAGUGGAAAGAAACCGGCCAAUUCAUCAACACAUAUUUCUUCUGUCGUUUGUGUUCCAUGCUGCACGAAGCCCCCUAUUCACCUCCGCGAUACUACGACGAUUUUAAUGAGUGGUGGAGAGGUGGCACCAAUUGCAUCAAGGGAUCCUGGCGAGAUUUAGAAAACCACCAACGUAACAAGAAGAACAAAAAGAAAGGCGGUGGAGACGGCGCAGUCCGCAAGUCGAAUUGAAACAUUCCAAUUUACAGAUUUGAUGGCUAAUGCUGAUGCCAAUUCCAAGAGGUCAAGUAGGUUCACCUAAGAUGUUUUUUAAAAAGCUGUAAUUUAAUUGGAAAAAAUUACGAAACACACACACGCACACACCCAUCCACAACCGUGAAAAGACUUUAGACUUGAAUUGAAAUGACGGCGUUCCAGUCUGAACUGGAAUGCAUUCUGAAAAGAUAAGGUUUGUGCUAUUCCAAUCUAUUUUUAUUUAAUGGAUGGGAUGCUUGUGAUUUACCCCCACACCAUUUUUCUUUGGGUGCUAGUCACUGAUACAGUGAACGUGUGUAUGCUAUUUAUAUUUACAGCACACUGCGAUUCUAUUCUGUGUAAUGUCACUAUAUUUCAGACCAACGGGCGCACAUAAUCCAGUCGCAAUUGAUUGCACAUUGUUGUUAAAAGGCCACUAUAAUUGUUGUGUUAUUUGGUUCGCAUUCGGGGAAGGCAUUUUUUUUUCUCGUCUUCUAUGAACGUCAUUUUGCUGUUCACUAUUGUGUUUCCGGGUUGUGCACUUUAUUUUGACUCCCCAUUUUUUUUUAUAGUUCCCAAUGAAAUUUACUGUUACACCAAACUUCUAACUGAAAAUACACAAAAAAUGGAUAUUCAAAAA